UUGUGAGUGUUAAAGGGGAGAAAGGGGUAAGGGCCGAACGGACGCACCAGUCGACGUAAACUUGCAGAUGUGUCAGAGUAGAGGCGGGAUGCCGGAGGUACUGUUAUCGCCGUGGCACCCCAGGGACACGCGUGGGAGGGAGACAGCAUCACACAGACAAUACACAAGAUAAGGAGAUAAUGAGAUAGACCGCAUCACACAUUCCCUGGUGUAGUGUGUGCCUCAGAGUUCUCCAGGGCACCCCAGCCGCCUGUGUCAACACUCUGCUUACUCACGUGUGUGGUUGCUAGCUUCACUAACCUCAAAAAUGACAGACAUGAGCCACAAAGUCCCGCCAGUGUACCAGGUGCCCAACGAGGGGGAGCAGGCCCAGCGUCUUGCCUACCUCUCGGAGACCUUCAUCUCAGCCUUCUCCCAAGAGCCUCAGUUCUUCACCCGUGCUCCUGGAAGGGUGAACCUUAUAGGGGAGCACGUGGACUACUGUGGGUAUGCCGUGUUCCCGAUGGCAGUGGAGCUGGACAUCAUCAUCGCUGUGGCCACCAACACCUCCGGGACACUCAACGUCUGCAAUGUGGACCCCUCGUACUCUCCCUUCUCCUGCGACAUGAACAGCUUUGAAAUCAACAAGGAUAAGCUGGCAUGGUUCAACUACGUGCUGUGUGGCGUGCAGGGCAUCAAGGAGGAGGGAGGACUGAGUGGACCUUUCAUUGGCCUCAACCUGGCAGUCUCGGGCAACAUCCCCCACUCCUCUGGCCUCUCGUCCUCCUCAGCCCUGGUCUGCGCCUCAGCCCUAAGCAUGUCGCACGCUCAUGGCCUCUCGCUGAGCCUGGAGAACCUUGCGGAGAUAUGUGCUCGCUGUGAGAGGCACAUUGGCACCCAGGGAGGAGGCAUGGACCAAGCUAUCUCCUUCCUGGCUACUAAAGGCACCGCCAAGUUGAUAGAGUUCAAUCCACUACACGCCACCACAGUCGUGUUGCCACCCGGGGCCACCUUCGUCGUGGCAAACAGCCUCGCGCCCAUGAACAAGGCGGCCAACUCCUACUUCAACUGCCGGGUCAUGGAGUGUCGUCUGGCGGCCCAGGUCAUGGCAAAAAGAGCUGGACUGCCGUGGCGGACGUUCCAGCGACUGGGUGAGCUGCAACGCGCUCUAGACAUGACGCUGCCGCAGAUGAUCACAAUGGUGGAGGACACAUUUGAGGUGCGGCCCUACAGCAAGCGGCAGGUGUGUGAGCUGCUAAACACCACACCGGACGAAAUCAACCAGGUGUCCCUCUCCGAGAACACUCGACACAUUCAGGAGUUCAAGCUGCACGACCGGGCACUUCAUGUCUUCUCUGAGGCUCACCGGGUCUGGGAGUUCAAGAGGGCCUGUGAGGAGGGUGGCGUCAUGGCCUUGGAGCGGCUUGGCAGGCUGAUGCAGGAGUCCCACAAGUCCACACAGCUCCUCUAUGAAUGCUCCCACCCCAAGCUGGACAGCCUCGUGGAGCACUCUAAGGGCUUGGCGUAUGGGGCGAGGCUGACGGGGGCUGGGUGGGGCGGCUGCAUGGUGGCCCUGGUGGAGGAUGGGAAGGUGGAGCAGUACAAGGAUCACCUAUGGAAGCACUGCUACAGCAAGGAACCCGCAGCCCAGGGACGCCCCAGGGACUCUUACCUGUUUACCUCACACCCGGGCCCCGGCGCGUGUGUGUUCGUUAAGUAAGGGACUCGCUGGGUUUGUUGCUUCACCUGGUGCCAAGAUCUUGAGUCCUGUACUGAGAGUAGAGGUUCCUUUCCCUACUUCAUGUACUGCUAUCACCUGUAAGAGUAGAGGUUUACCUGCCCACCUGAUGUGUCUCCUGAGUGAGUAGUAAAGGUUGACUUCCUGUUUAAGUGCACUGUCCCAAAGUUUUCCAAUGCAGGGUUUCCUUCCAUAGACCAGUAGAGUAUUUUGACUAGUUUGUACACGUCACUCCAAAUGGUGCUCGCAUUAGAAAAAAGAAAUAGCUCCAGAGAAUUGAGUUUUUUGUUAUUUUUACAGUGAAGGAGGCAGCUCAGGGUCAAAAAGCAAUGAAAUAAACCUCUAUAAAGCUCUGCUCCUACAAAGAUGACAGGGGAUAUAUUCCAAAGCGUUGACAAAGGUUUUGAAGUGCAAUGCUGUAAGAGUCAAGAUUGAUGAGCAUUUUAUAUCUAGACAUUUCUGUACUUUCAUGUCCAAUUUUCAAGAGUAUAUUUUUCCUAAUGCGAGGAACUAAUUGGAAAGCUGUGUAUGAAUUGGUAAAAAAACCUAAUGUGUGUGUGUGUGUGUGUGUGUGUGUGUGUGUUGGUGCUGUAGUCUUUAAGAAGGUGCUGCCACAUGAGUUUCUGUCUGGUGAUUGAAGGAAUGUCUCAGCACACAGGUCACAUCUGUUGCAAGUGGCUGUUUAGUGAAAAAAAGUUGUUUGUCAGAAGGUUUCGCUGAUGAUUGGACAGACUCAUGUGUUGGCACCGUCACUGUGAAAGGUAGUACAAAUUUGAUGGCAUUAAUAUCAUUAUUAUUAUCAUUUAUUAUUUUUAUUAUUACUGUUAUUAUUGUUACUAACCUGCAUGGUACAUCAGGUUUUGCUGUUAUUACUAACAGUGACAGAUGUGUGUAUGUGUAUAUUUUUGAAGGGUUAAGUAUUAUGGCUGUACUACUUGGAGUGUUAUAUUUUGGGUUGUAUAACAGUGGUUGGUUUAUUCAGUUUGAACUGGUGCCAUUAUGUUCUGAGGGAUCUCCUGAUUUUGUUUGUUGAAGCACUCGGAUUUGCGUUGGUUAGUGAUGCCUGUUGAUGAUGAUGAUGAUUAUUUGAUGACCGGUGGCUGACUGAAUGUGGUGCUGUGUCUUAGGUGCUGAGUUCUGGGUGCAUGAUGACUUAACUGACUCGUUAGGUUGAGACGAGUCGUUCGGUACUAAGAGUGAGUCAGUCACUUGACGCUGUGCUUCUUGACUGAUUGGACUCAGAGCUUCCUUGGUUGGUGUCCCUGCCUCUGCUUCAAUAGCUAGUAAUCACACCUCAAGAAUAGAUAUUUGAGGCUUAUUUUCUAUUAUAAGUUUGAUUUUUAUUACUAAAUGUGACCUUUGCAGCAUUUCAAUAGCUAAUACAGUACUUAAAAUUCAAGAAGAGAUAAUUGAAGUUUUUUUGUAAGUAUUAUUUCCUAUUAGUAAUAUGACCAAUACUAUACUUCCAAUAGCUGCUACCCAAACCUCAAUAGAUAUCUGCAGUCGUUUUGUUAAAUUCUCUACCGAUUGCUUAAUGUGACCCUUGCUAUAAUCCAAUAGCUGGCACUUGAAACUCACGCAAAGAUAUUUGCUAUAAGUUUAAUAUCCUGCUACCAAUGUGAUCUUUGCUGUAGUUCAAUAGCUUGAAUUGAAGGAGAUAUUUGCUAUUUUUGGGGUAAGUUUAAUUUACUAUUGCUGAUGUGACCCUUGCCAUAGUUCAAUAGCUGCUACUUAAAACUUACUUAAAACUUAAAUAUUUACAGUUCUUAUGUUCCAUAUUAUAUUACUACAUGUGACCCUUACCACAUUGCAAUAGCUGGUACAUGACACAAGCCUAGAACUUUGUGAGAAACCCCAACAGCUUUCCUUUCCAUGCCAAUUUCUCCCGUCACAUUUGCUGUAAUUGAUGUAAAUAAAGGAAAUACACAUCAAGUA